AUGGGCUCGCAGCAGUUCGACAAGGCCGGCAUCCUUGCAGUCGACUUCUCCGGCCUCGUCGCCAAGACCCCCGGCUUCUCCCUGUCCCAGGAAGAAAUCAACUCCCUGAUCACUGCCUACACUGAUGAAAGCAAAGCAUACGCCAACGGCUUCUCAGUCGCCGGUGAUAAAUUCGUCACUAUCAAGGCUGACGAGCGCAGUCUAUACGGCAAGAAGGGUAAGGAGGGUAUCAUCAUUGCCCGCGCUUCCUCUUGCACCAUCAUCGCCCACCACGGUGAGGCUGUCCAAACUACCAACGCCGCGACCGUCGUUGAGAACCUUGUCGAUUACCUCAACAAGGCUUAG